UUCUUCUUUUUUCUUACUUCUUCUUUCAAUUUCAUUGUUUCGUUUCUACUGCAGUUCAUCUUCUGAUUUCGUUGAAAUUUUGCCUUAUAACUUGAUGUUGGAGUUCAAUUCGUUGUGUAAUUUUCUGGUGUUCGUUCUCUUUACAUCGAUUGUCUCAUUUCUUGUUUCUGGAAUUUUCGGAUUGAUCGGAUCCUUGUGUUUGGAUCGAGGUUGAUGAUUGCUUGAGUUCGAAAUGGUUUUGGAUGAUUUCUUUUCUCUCUCGAUGUUUGUUUGGUUUGAUUGGAUCUUCGUUGAGUUUAAAUUGAUAGUUUCGGAUAGCCGAUGGACGUUUUUUUUUUUUGAAAUUGAGUUGAAGCGAUUACUGCUCCUAUUUUAAAGCGAAUCUGAUGGUUUUAGAAUUUCUGUAUGAAUCUAUUUCGCUGUAUACUCGAUCACUUCAAAACUUUUCCUGCUGAAACAGAAAAAGUUCUCACAACUAUUUUGGUUCCGCUAAUUUGUUAGAGUUUAUUGGAAUUUUAUGCUUAUUUUCCUCUGUAACCGAUUCUUGUUUCUCGAUGUCUACGUGCCGGAUCCAGGAAUAUCACUCUUGGUUGAUCCGCCAUGAGGAAGACGGAGGAAAGAGUAAAGUGAAUUUUCAGGGUUUUAAUCGAUUCAGAUUGUGAUAAAAGCUGCUUUUGUAAGUAGGCCCCGGCCAUGUGCGAUCUGGUAGAGUCUAUUUAUUCAUGAAUUAGCUGCAAAUAAUGCGUGGACUCUUAAACGUCCAUGUUCUACUGUGCGCUUGCUAGGGGAAGUUGAUAUUCCCAGGAGAUGACAAAGCACCGGUUCAGGAAUUCUUUGAAGUCUCUAUUUGGGAGUUACCUUGAUCCAGAAACAAAUGAACGGCUCAAAGGAAAUAAAUCAGUUAUCGAGGACAAGGUGAAUAAAAUUAGACAACUCAUAAAAGGUGAAGAUCUAGGAGUAGAAGACCACGACCAAUCUGAAAUUCGCAAGAAACAGUCCAUUGAUGAAUUAAUUGAUGAUUUCCUUAACGUUUACCAAGCCCUCUAUGAACAAUACGACAGCCUAACCGGAGAGUUGAGAAGAAAAUUUCAAAAAAGAAGAGAAAAGGAAAGCUCUUCAUCUAGUUCAUCCGACUCGGAUUCAGAUGAUUCUUCAAAGAAAAAGGUCAGCAAAGAUGAUCGAGGGUUGGAGAGAGAAUUCCAAGAAGUUGGUGAAAUCAAGCAGGAACUUGACGCAGCACUUUCAGAAGUAGCCGAUUUGAAAAGGAUAUUGGCAACUACAAGUAAAGAACAUGAAUCCCUAAAUUCAGAACAUCUGACAGCUUUAAGUAAGCUACAAGAAGCAGAUGAAAUUAUUAGAGAUUUUAAGGUUGAAGCUGAAACUUGGGACUCUCAGAAGUCUAAAUUUCAGCUUGAAAUCGAAGAACUGAAUCUGGCGUUAAGUAAUGCUGGUAGGAAUGAAUCUGAAUUGAAUGAGAGAUUAAAAGGUAUGGCAACAGAGAUGAAUAACUACAUUGAAGAAAAGGAGACUGCAAGGAGGAAGAUUGAAGAAGGGGAAAAAACUAUAGAUGAAUCGAAGGCUUUGGCUGAUCAGUUGAAGGAGAAGUUGUCAGCCACAAUGGAAGAAAAGGAAGCUCUGAACUCACAGCACUUGAAAACUUUAAGUAGGGUACAUGAAGCAUAUAUGAUCACAAGAGAUUUGAAGGUUGAAUCAGAAACCUGGGGUGGUGAAAAAUCUAAAUUUCUUCUCGAGAUUGAAGAGCUGAAUCAGAAACUGGGUGCUGCCGGAAAAUUGGAAGCGCAAUUGAAUGAGAGGUUGAAGGAUAUUGGAAUUGAAAACGAAUAUUUGAUCAGGGAAAAGGAAUCUGCGCAGAGGACGAUUGAAGAGAUGAGUCAGAGGCUGAGCAAUGCUGUUAAGAUAGAAGCAGAACUCAGUGGAAGAUUGAAAGAUAUUGAAACUGAGAAAGAUGGGUUGAUCAAGGAAAAGGAGAUUGCAUGGAAGGAGAUUGAACAAGGUACACGAGUUAGAGAAGAAUUAAACGCCAUGGUUGAUCAACUGAACAGUCAAUUGACAAUUACAGUAGAAGAAAAGAAAUCUCUCAGUUUACAACUUGAAAAGGAGAAAGUUGAGUUGUUGAGAUCAAUUGCUGAUCAUCAAAGAAAUUUGAAGGAACACGAGGAUGCAUACAAGAAGCUAAAUGAUGAGUUUCAAGAAUGUAAGCUAAAGCUUGAUAAUGCAGAAAUGAAGACGGCAGAAAUGAGUCGAGAGUUUCAUAAUGACAUUAGAUCAAAGGAGCAAGUGAAAGAGGACCUGGAGGUAAUGGUUGAGGAUCUUAAAAGAGAGCUGGAAGUAAAAAGUGAUGAGAUAAAUAGCCUAGUUGAAAACGCUCGCACGAUCGAAGUCAAGCUUCGGUUAUCAAACCAGAAGCUUCGUGUUACAGAACAACUAUUAACUGAAAAGGAAGAGAUUUUUCGGAAAGCUGAAUUGAAGUAUCAAAAGGAACGGAAAUUGCUUGAGGAAAGAAUUCAUGGACUAUCUGCAACAGUUGUUGCUAACAAAGUAACGUAUCAAAAGACGAUAUCAACUGUUUCAGAAAACAUUAACAGUAACCUCUCCCAACUGGAAUGUGUCAUCAGGAAAUUCAUAUUGGAGCAUGCAAAGUAUGAGAAGUGUGUUAUGGAUACAUCCCGCGAUCUACGGCUUACAAAGAGUUGGGUUUCAAAUGCUAUUGAAGAAACAGAAGGCCUAAAAAAAGAGGUGGCAGACCUUGGGAAACAACUUGAAGAUAAGAAAGAGAGGGAAUCCAUAUUAGUAAAACAGGUUGAGAAGUUGGAGAUUAAGGCCAACAAGGAAGGAUCUGAGAAGGAUGGGUUGGUUGAAGCAAUCCACGAACUUGAAAAGAGACAGAGAGAAUUGGAGAAGAUGAUGGAAGAGAAGAAUGAAGGUAUGGUGGGUCUGAAAGAGGAGAAGAAAGAAGCGAUAAGACAACUUUGCAUGUUGAUCGAGUAUCAUCGGGACCGCUAUGAUUUUCUCAAGGAUGAGGUCUUGAAGUUGAAUGUUAAAGGAGGCCAGAGUGUAAGAUAGUAAGUAUUUUCUAAAAAAGAAUGGAGGUCAUUCGAGUAAUAAAUCAAAAUUGUAGAAAAACGACAACGGUAAGGGUAUUUUAGGAUCCUUUUCUCUAAAGAGCAAAUUCCCUAUAUUCAAAAGAGAAUUUGACGUUGUUGUGUAGCUAGGUAGAUGUAAAAUUGCAAAAUAGAUCCCUAAUUUUGAUUAGGGUAUAUGAGAUCUUCGUGUAGAAAUAUAAAAAAUUUAAAUG